AUGGAUAUUGAUUUGGUGAAAGAAAUUGAAUAUGAGUUUUCAUGCAAAGGUUACUAUUCGCCGGUUGUCGACCGAUCCGGUGAGGGCAUCGAGGGAUGUAGUAAAAUAUUGAUGCAAAGAUUUGGACCUCAAUUAUUCUACAUAGCGAAGAUUGUGCUCUUUUCAAGAUUGGCACAGAUGGUCGGUGUCUUGGCACAUACAUUUAUCUUCAAUUGUAUCACGAUACACGAUAUACAACAAUACAUCUACGGAGUGGACGAUUCGGUCAGAAGUAGCGAACGCAACUUGCGUGCGGUGGAUCGUGGCACCACCACUUUCCGUCGAAUCAACACUU